AGCCAAGGUGAAGAAGGGGGUGAAUAUUCUGACCACACAGACCAGCGAACCUCGGCAGUGGGAUGUGAGGCAGGAGGUGGGCAAUGGAGGGAAGCACACCACCACCUCUGUGGCCUGCCAGCGCCUGGGCCCUGGGGCACGAAAUAGAAGCAGCAAUCUAUUCAACGAGGUCAUGCAGAUGAAUUUUGAAAUCACCAGUUUCAGCAGCCUGUCAGGGACACAGCCCAUCACAUGGCAGGUGGAGUACCCAAGGAAGGGAACCACAGACAUUGCUGUGUCUGAAAUCUUCAUCAGCCAGAAGGACCUGGUCGCCAUUGUCCCUCUCGCUAUGGACACUGAACUGCUGAACACAGCCAUCCUCACUGGGAAGACGGUGGCCAUGCCUGUCAGGGUGGUGUCGGUGGAGGAGAACAGCACAGUGAGGGACAUCUCAGAGCUGGUGGAGUGCAAGGCCAUGGAUGAGGAUGUCAUCAAGGUGUCAGAUCACUGUGACUAUGUCUUUGUCAAUGGCAAAGAGAUCAAGGGCAAGGUGGACUCUGUGGUAAAUUUCACCUACCAGCACCUGAGCGCACCCCUGCACAUCACUGUGUGGGUUCCACGGCUUCCCCUGCAAAUCGAGGUCUCUGACACAGAACUCAGCCAGAUUAAGGGCUGGCGGGUUCCUAUCGUGGCCAGCAAGAGGCCCACUCGGGACAGUGAAGAAGAAGAAGAGGAAGAGCAGAGAGGCCGGGGUUGUGCCCUGCAGUUCCAGCAUGCCACGGUGCGCGUCCUCACCCAGUUUGUGUCGGAGGGUGCUGGGCCCUGGGGCCAGCUGAGUCACCUCCUCAGUCCAGACUGGCAAUUUGACAUCACCCACCUGGUGGCUGACUUCAUGAAGCUGGAGUCCCCGCACAUAGCCACCCUGCAGGACAGCAGGGUCCUGGUUGGGCGGGAAGUUGGGAUGACCACCAUCCAGGUGUUGUCCCCACUGUCCGACUCCAUCUUGGCAGAGAAGACAGUAACCGUGCUGGAUGACAAAGUGUCUGUGACAGACUUGGCUGUCCAGGUGGUGGCUGGGCUGUCUGUCACCUUGCACCCCAUCACAGAGAACAACAAGGCCACCACAGCUGUGAUCACAGCUGAGGAGUUGCUGCGUGCCCCAAAACAGGAAGCUAUAGUCAACACAUGGCUCCAGUUCAGUGAUGGAUCAGUGACACCCCUGGACAUCUAUGACACCAAGGACUUCUCCUUGACUGCCACCUCUUUGGACGAGGCUGUCCUGUCCAUCCCACAGCCCCUCUCACCUUGGUGGCCCACUGUGGUGGCUGAAGGAGAAGGCCAGGGCCCACUGCUCCGAGUGGAUAUGUCCAUUGCUGAGGCCUGUCAGAAAUCCAAACGCAAGAGCGUGCUGGCUGUGGGCAUCGGCCACAUGGGGGUCAAGUUUGGAUGGGAUGAUACUGACUCCAGCCAGACAGGAGAUAAAGAUGAGGAAGAAAUAAAGAACCAUGCCAGUGAUCGCCGGCAGAAGAUUCAGGACCUGGAACGCCCAGGCCAGGAUGAACGCUAUCAUGGCAACUCUCCCGGGGAACGUGAGGAAGGGGCCCUGCUGAGUGCCACCACCACUGCCAAGUCCCUGAUGGAUAACAAAGUGGGGAAGAGUGGCAGGCUGGAUGGGGCCAGGCUACACAGCAUCCCCAUAGACUUCACCAACUUCCCAGCCCAUGUGGACCUCCCCAAGGCUGGGAGCACACUGGAGGAGAAUGGUCUGAUGCAGACUGCCCAUGGCCUGAGUGACCUGGAGAUUGGGAUGUACGCCCUGCUGGGGGUCUUCUGCCUGGCCAUCCUUGUCUUUCUCAUUAACUGCGCCACUUUUGCCUUCAAGUAUAGGCACAAACAGGUGCCUCUGGAAGGCCAGGCAUCCAUGACCCACUCUCAUGACUGGGUGUGGCUGGGCAAUGAGGCGGAGCUCCUGGAGAACAUUGGGGACGUGUCACUACCCCAGGAUGAACACACGACCAUCAUAGACCGAGGGCUGGGAGUCUGUGAAGAGAGCAACCACCUGCUUCUCAAUGGUGGCUCCCAAAAGCACAUGCAGAGCCAGGUCCACAGGCCACCAGGCUCUGAGGGGCGGCAGGGCAGGGAGCUCAGGCAGGAACCCGCAAACUCACCCACCUCCAAGAUGAAGAAGGUGAAGUUUGCCACCUUCACCAUCCCCCCUGAGGACAGCUGCCCCACAGUGAACUCCAUCCUCAGUAGUGACGAUGACAUCAAGUGGGUCUGCCAAGACCUAGAUGUGGGCAAGUCCAAGGAACUCAGAGCCUACCUAGAGAAGUUCCAAGACAAUGUGUAG